ACUUAUAAGCUCAGCGCCAGCGUCUGUCUCUGAACAGCGCAUUGCUUGGCAGUUCGGUCCGUCAGUGCAUAACGCUGGCACCCGUGCAGGUCUCAUCAGCCUUCCCGUUCUAACGCUCAUAAGUUCCCGUGUCACUGCCAUCUAGUCCCGUGUGACUACCUUCUUCCAGUCCCCUGUACAGUAUCACCGUCCUUACGAUGGCGUCAUCUACUCGUUGCUGGUGGCUGGCCGUCCUGCUCUUCUCCCUGCAUACCGCCAGCAGCGCGUCGGUGCCGGUGACGAACCUCUGGGAUGAGCUGCAGAAUACCGUCGCCGAAGUGGUGCAGGCUCACUGCCCCAGCAAGCAGCAGGAAGCCAAUCAGGAGAAACGCAUUAUCGAGGGCACGACGAAAGCGCUGAAAAGCUUGUUCGCCGAAACGUUCUCCGGGUCUGGUGGCAGACCUAACCUGGACCCGCUCUGGCGCUGCAGCUGCCCCUCCGGCUACAUCCCGUGCGGCGGCCGCUGCUACGCCCGUCUCCACCGUCCCGUCGAGUACGCCCAGGCCGAGCGCGAGUGCUCCCUGCUGGGCGCCCACCUGGCCGUGCCGCGCUCCCGUCAGCAGAGUCUCUGCGUGGCCGGCCUGGCAGGCCACGAGGACGUCUGGCUGGGCAUCACCGACCGCGACGAGGAGGGGUUCUUCCAGGGCGCCGACGGCCGGCCGGUCACGGACAACGAGGGGCAGGUGUGGUCACCGACUCAGCCGGACAACGCCGGCGGCGUGGAACACUGUGUCUCCAGCUGGAAGGUGAAGGAUGGUGUGCGCUUCGGCGAGUGGAACGACUACCCGUGCACCGGUAUUCGGCUGUACCCCAUGUGUCAGCUGCCCUGAGGUACUUGACAUCCGGCCGUACCAAAAGUCUCGCUUGUGUCAGCGGUCAGCUACCUUGGGAUGCGCAGUACCUACUAUACCUACCUACUCGGUGUUUCAGCUGUUAUGAGGUUGUUAUAUGCAGGGCUGCGGAGUUGAUGGAUUUGAGGGUGACUCCAACUCCGACUCCGACUCCGGCUUCAAAAAUCGACUCCGUCUCCGGCUCCAACUCCGGCAACACUGAAAUAAGUUCAUAAAAUAAAGAUAUUUGCAGUAAAAGAUAUAAGGUGCAGAUUUGGUCAAAUUAGGUGCACUCGCCGGAUAGCCCGUCGUGAAAACGGCUAGUAUGGUGACUGUUGGUGACGUGUUGGCUAAGGACGCAUCAGCCUUGCGACCCGUGCCGUGCAUCAAAUUUCUCUUCCGUCUUGUUCUUUUUUCGCGCUGCUGACUCGCAUGAAGCCAAUAGGCAUGUACUUUUGUAACUAAGCGGAACUAAUCAGGGUGGUCAGGGAAAGAUCAAUAAACUUAUUACUCAGAAUGAGCUGGCAAAU